UAUUCCAGCUUUCAUUAAUUCUUGUAACGUUACGAGAAAAUGGCAGAAAUUUUAAAGGAAUGGCUUUCCCAUACCUUGCAGCAUUCUAUUACAUGGGAAGCUAAAGAUUUCGGAGAUAAAAUGAAAAAUGGUCAUAUUAUUUCAUGUGUCUUACGCAGUUAUAAUGUUAUAAAUGAAGAAAAGCAUUAUCUUAUAAAACCAAGUAAUAUAAAUGAAGAUAUAAAAAAUAAUUGGAAGCUUUUAACACAGUGGUUGCUUGAACUGGAAAUCAAUUUAAGUGAUACAGAUUUGGCUAACGUAAUGGCAGGACAAGGUUCUUCAAUACUUCGGUUAUUUUAUAAACUUUUUCUUUGUUUAGAUAAAAGAGAUCGAACCAAUUUUAUUAAAAGGGAGAGAAAAAUGUGCUCGAACUUAGUAGAAAAAAUUGAACAUCGGUUUACUGUUAAAAAGCUAAAAGAAGAAGAGGACCGAUUUGUCGAUCAUCUAGCAAAGCCUUUAUUAGAUGAAAAUCAAUUCAUUGAGUGGCAAAGAGAAAAAUCAAAACAGAUCCAAGAAACUUACGAUUAUUUACGUCACAAAUAUUUAAAAACUUUAAAAAGAAUAGAAGAGUCUCAAACUCCAUUGAAAUAUCCAGAAACAACGACGAAAAAAAUAACCAAUAAAGAUAAGAAAGACAUGGAUAUAUUUUCAAUAAGGUAUCCGUGUAAAUUUCACGAUUAUACUUACGAAGAGUUGUGUAAUUUGGAUGAAGCAGCCAAAGAAAGAAAAAAAUCCAUCGUUGAUUCAGAGUGGACUAAAAAUUAUUUGGAUAAUCUACACAGUAGAAUACAUGAAAAAACAGAUUCUGAAGAAUUUCAAAAACAGAUAAGUAAUGUUAUAAGUGGAUCAUUAUGGGAUAUGUCUGUCGCUGAAGAGGAAGCAAAAUUAGAUAUCGAGCUCGCCAAAAAAGUUAUGAAAUUGUCUCAGUUUGAAAAACAGAUGUGUACACAAAUAAUGGAAACUAAACAACAGGCCCGGAAUUUAGUACAAAAUAGAAUCGCUGGUGAAGAAGAAUUUGCUGAACAAAGGACUCAGCAAUUUAAUCAAUUUCUUGAUAAUUUAAAAGAAGACAUUAACUCAGGUCUAGUUGAAAUAGACUUUGAAAAACAAAGGCAGAAUACUUUGCACAAAAAAUUAUAUGCUGAAAAAAUGAAAAGAAAAAGGCAGCACUAUUACGAUAUUUGUUAUGAGACAAUUCUAUCAAUAAUUGACUACGCUACUAAAUAUGCUUAUUACAAAAGGCUAUUAGAGGGCGAUAUACCAAACCAUUUUAUUACUGAGUGGAAGGCAUUGUAUUAUAAACAACAACCUAUCUUUGAUUAUCUGGAGUCAAUGGAAAAUAUUUUAAAAGAACCAACAACAGAUGAAAAUCAGACACCUGAUUAUGAAGAAAUUUUACAUCUAGAAUUAGAUAGACAGGAAGUGCUAAAUAAGAGCGAGUUUAAAGAUUAUCAUAAUUAUUUAUAUCCAUGGUCAUUAGAUUUGUUAAUACCUAACUUUGAUCCCGAAUCAGAAGAUAGAAAGUAUGAAUAUUUAGGAUCACGUAUUUUAGGACACGUAGUAUACUCACUUCUCGAAAUUAAGUACCCACUGCCACCGCAACGAUUACCAGCCACGUUACCAAAUUAUUCAGCAAAAGCUAUAGUACGCAAUUUACCGGAUAACUCAAUAACAAUCGCGAUGCAAACAUUGUUAAACGCUCAGAAAAUACAUGUCGUACGCCUCGAGACUGCCAUCAAUUUCUGUCUUAGAAAGUUCAAAACUGAAUUGAUUGGGUGUACGGACAUCGAGCUAUCAUUUGAUAAAUUUAUUGCAUCAGCACAAGAAGAAGAUACAAAAGAAUUUAUUAAGUUAUUGAAAUCUGAAGAUGAGAUAGUUACAAAAAUUAGCGAAGCAAAUUUGUUAUUAAUUUCUGGACCAUUAAUUGCUAAUACUAAGCAAACACAAACACCAAAAGCUAUACCUGAAGAAGAUAUAAGUUUGUCAUCUUCCGCAGAAUUAGGUAGAUAUGCUUAUGAAUGCUUAAAUUCUGGUAAUAUUUUAACUGAUCAUUUAAUAUGUGCAAUACUAGUUGAGUAUCUAAAGGACCAAGAUAAUAUCAAUGGUUUUGUUAUCAUAAACUAUCCCAAUUCAUAUUAUCAAGCACAAAUUUUGGAAGAAACGUGUUCGGGCAGGGCACCGCCUGAUGAAAUCGAACUAGAUGAUCAAGACGAUAUUUAUCUUGAAGAAAGUAUUAUUAAACACAGAAUUAAGAAAAAAGAUCCCUAUUUGCAAGUGAGAAUUUCCGAGCUUGUAAAUGAUCCUCAUAAAAAGUUAUUAGAUAAACCGUUUACAAGUUAUUUUUCUUGCUACAUUAAACUGAAAGAAACAGAAGAUAUUCUUCAAGAGUUUGUUAUAUGGAAUUUAGAUGAAGAAAAUUCUGAACUAAUAGAUAGAUUUUACGCCGUAUUAGGAAUCAAUUACAGUAUGUAUUACGAAGUAAUUGAAAAAGAACAACUCGGUUUGAUUUGUAAAUAUAUAAUUGGUGACUUCUCAAUGCCCUUAAAAUCAAACGAUAAAUUAUUUGGAGAAAAUGUAUUAAGUAUUCUCGACUUUCCAUCUUCUGAUGAAAAGCGAAUGAAAUCGAAAAUAGUCAAACCUGAAGUUUCUAAUGGGAAAUCUAAAGAAAAAUUGCGACGUAAUUCAAAAUUAAGUAAAUUAUCCUCUUUGAAUGAUUUAAAUAUAGUAAAGGCUCCUGAUUCUAUAGAAGAUAUACACGAUGAAGUGAUAUUAGAAAGUGUUGAUGAAGAAGAAAAUGAGAGUAAAACAUAUACACCCAUAAGUAUCGAAGAUGUAAAGCUAUUAGCAGGGGAAGAAGACUGGAUCUAUGGAGAACUACCAAUACCUGAAGUUAUUGGUAUCGCAUUAGCUACUUGUUGGGAAGAAAUAGAAAAAACGUAUAUACACGAUAUGAAACACUUAUUCUUUGCAAAGAGAUUGCAAAUGAAUUGUCUUGUACCAUAUACGAGAUUCCUUAAAGACAAAAUGGAACAAAUAAUAACUCUGCCAUCUCAAAAACAAGAUUUAGUUAGUAGUUUUCAACAGGAAUAUAAUAACUUUGAAAAUGACUGGCGUGACAUACAUUUCUCUAAAAACGAAUGGCAUUGUAAAGUAAAAGAAUUACAACAAAGAUUAUAUAAAAUAUGUGACGAAAGAAAGCUUUUUGCAGAACAACAAAGGCAUAUGCUUAUUUGUGAAAAUUGGGCAUUAGAAGAGAUGACGACGAUGGUUAAUACAUACAUUUCUUGUAUGCAGACUGAACUGAAUAGAGCUAUGUUAACUUAUCAAACUUUGCACGACUUUUACUUUGCUAUGAUAAAGCGUUCCCCAUCUAAUGAUCGAAUAACCUCAAAAGAACUAAACAAAAUAUUCAAAGAAACAGAUGAAACAUCCGGAAGUAAGAAGGGCGGCGAAGAUAAAUUGUAUAGACAACUUAAAACUUGUUUUCAAGAAAUGCAAUUAAAAAAUAUAGAGAUAGAUUUCAGUAAUAAUCCUUUUCAUUUUAUAAUAGAGAGUAAUGUAAAAUUUGCUUUAAAGAGUGUAAAAGAGACGAAUGAUUCCUACAGAUCGAUAAUAAGUCGAGAAUAUAGUGAAUUAGCCAAAAUAGUACCAACAACGAAGAAAAAGGAAGAUAAUAAUUCGGUUGAAUCAUUGAACGAAGAAGAAAUAUACAAGAAUAAUGCUCUUAAAUGUAUAGAAGAAUGGAUUAUGGGAAUAAAUGGUGAAAUGUUCAGAGUUAGUUUACGCCUAUUGGCGUUGCAGUACAAGUGCUAUAAGGACAUCAAAUUAUUUAACGAUAACAUAUGCAAGACUUUUACAGACAUUCAGAAUGAUAUAAAUAACUAUUAUCUUAAUGAGAUAAAAUCAGUGGACCGCUUAUGUAAAUAUUUACAAUUGGCUGUUGAAGGUGGUAAAAGAAUCCCCGAAAGUCUUGCACUAGAAGAGGAUAUGUUUAUUAUAGACGCUAAUCUUUUGCAAUUUUCCGCAUCAAAAACAGAAGUGGAUACUGCAGUUACGAAAGAAUUUGUAGCCGAUAUGCAAUUCAAAAUUUGUCACUUAGCUAGAUUACGUUCACAAUUCAAAAUCGUGGCUCCAACUGGUUUAAUAUUGCAGCAAGCAUUUAUUUACUUACUACAAGAUUUUAUUUUCUUUGGUAGAGAGAUUUGUGAUGGUCCUAUGUUUCCAGAAGUUUGGAAACGAAUAGACCCUGACCUUAUACCGAAGUUAGUAUUCUCAUUGUUUGGAGAGGCAACGUAUAUUGAUUGGAGGGAUUUUCUAAUUUUUUGCCUGAAUUUACCAUUCCCUACGGUGGAUGAACUGUUAUUGCAUCGUAAGCAUUUCCGCUGCAACGAUCUUGAGUCCUCAGAAUUAAUUGAAAGAAAUACCUUUAUUGAAGAGCAACUUUGGUUUGAAAAGGAUUAUAACUCAGAAGAUAAGCAUGAUUUAAUUCGGAAAAAUUUAAUAAAACAUUUUCUUUUUGAAUUGUUUGAGACUGCUGAUAAUGUAAUGAAUUAUUCGGCUUUCUUGCUAGCAGUCUGCAAAAAUGUCGAUCCUAUUGAAGGUUUUGUAAUGGCGUUAUCGAUGGCUAUUGGUAAGAAUAUCUGUUUUAAACUUGUAGAAUGCAAAGAAAUUGUAUCUAAGUUAAUAAGAGAUAAAAAGUAUAAAGACGAAUGCCUAGUUUGUGCAUAUAAAUGCACAGGCCAGUUUCUAGAUAAGUUGAUAACCAAUGUAAUCAAUACAUGUGAAGGUACUUCAAUAAUAGAGUUAGAAUAUACAGAGCCUGUCUUGCCUGAAUCUGAUAAAAAAGGAAAAAAGGGCAAAGGCGGUACAAGGGCUAAAAAAAUUGAAAGUACUCAAAGCGCUCGAAUACCGAAGGUUCAGAAGAGUCUCACAAGUCGGAGUAAAAUAGCAGAAUCUACCAUAGAUGUAAAAAUGACGUAUAUUUGUAAACCGUGUGAAGAGGACGUAGAAGUAAUCGAGGAAAAACUAUCAGAAAAAGAAGAGAUAAUAGAAGAAGAAAAAGUUGAACUACAAAAAGACCCAAAUUUGGCUUAUGUUGUGAGUCAAUCCGAUAUUUGGAAAGUACUUCAUAUUUGUUUACCUUCUUUUUUUCAACUACAACCAGAAGUUGGAGCGGCCCCAUACAUUGAACAUGUGAAAGAAGCAAUGCAAAAACUUGAAGAUGAUGAUGAAAAUAAAGACAUAUUUGUGUGUAAAUUUGUGUCUGAACCUAAUAUUUGUAAAAUUUUGCAUAAAACGAAAAAGUUUUGUGCUACAAAUUUGGCUGACGAGGUUCAUAAGAUAAUAAGUAUUUAAAAUUCCCAGUAUAAUUCAUACUUUGUAAACGUUUGACU